AUGGGUAUGGGGGUUGGGGUUAUGUGGGAGUGGGGUAGAAAAAAUAGAGGGAGGGUUGUUGUUUUGAUUUUUGCUGAGGGGUGGGUUUUUGGGUUCUGCCCAGGAAGAGUGGUUUACCAGGGGAGAGGGGCGAUGGGUUUUUGGGUUCUGCGCAGGGAGGGGGUGGGUUGCAGGUUGGGGGGUGGUGGAGGAAUAGGUUCUGGGUUUUGUGCAAGGAGGGAUGGGCUACGGGUGGGGGGUGAUGGCUUUCCAAGUUCUGCACAGGGAGAAGGGUGGGUUGCAAGUUGGGGAGAGCUUUGGGUUUCUGGUGCGUGGGGGGUUACAAGGACAGAGAAGGAAUAG